AUGAUGUACCAAAUGGAAAUGCCAACAAAGCUUUUUAUUCUAGAGAGAAUGGGUAUCUCUCCUCGUCAGCGCACAUCGGGAUUCGGAUCGCAGAGCAUUUUCGAGUCUCAAUCUAAUUCAGACAUGAGACAACAGGAGGAAAGUGACGGUUUUGAUAAUCCGUUUUCAACUAAAAGGUUGACAGAAGUCCCCAUUGGGGAAUUUUAUCUUAGAUUCCGAGAUGAAAUUCUUCUCAUUGCGAGUACCCAUUUGAUCGAGCUGAGAGAACAUUUGAGGCCACUUACCAUGUAUAACUACAGACUAGCUGUGGGGGAACUUACCGAAGAAAUUCUCUCUGAACUUAAUGAUUAUCAGAGCAGAGAGUCCUCUAUGUUCAAAUCAUUGAAUGAAAUGAAGAACGGCUUUUACCUGCUGACAUUCCUGAAAUCAGAUGAAUGGCUAAAAGAUGCUGAGUACUUAGAUGAACAGCUCGAAUUCAUUUUACAUAAGCAAAACCGCUUUAGCCUGUGUCCAGAAUUAACUGCAGAGUUGUGCAAUCUGCUCAUUGAAAAAUUAGACUUCUGUCUUCGUGAACACCUCUCACAACUUAGAUUACUCUAUAAGCGUGAGUUUCUAGGCAUCUGGUGGAAGUUUUACCGUAUGUAUUAUUAUGGGUUCCCUCUAUUGAGACAGACAGAUCAUGCUAAACAACAUGGCUUUUUCUUUCUCAUGGUCGGAUUCUACUACGCCCUUCACUGGUUUGACUCUCUGUGGAUUGAAAAGGAUUUUGUUUGUCUCCUUACAGUGGUCGCCAUAGCUGAUAUAAUUAUUUAUGCUCUUUUACUAUCGAUUUCGGAUGGAAAGUUGGCAUUCUACUUCUGUUCAUUUCACCCCAGUGUGAGACCAUUGUACGACCAUGCGACAUCAUGUAUUGCGUGGGCAGAGAGCAACUGGCCAUCUUCAAAAGUUGGUUCUGAAUUUACAUGGCGAUUUUGGAAGAAGCAAACUGAUGGAUAUGUUCCGCGGGCCGGACCAUAUACCGAUGUUGAAUAUAAGGGAAAUAAGUAUGAUUAG